UAUUUGCUUUUAUUUUCGGCGUACCCAAUUAUGUAUACGCGAGUGACAGUUGAUGAGUGUGUAAUGUUUGCCGAUUGACAAUCCUUUGUGUGAUAUGAAUCGAGAGAACGAAGAGAAUUCGCGAAAUUUCACCGACCUAGAGUUUCUCAUCCGUGAACGGUGCACUCGUUUCGUACGCGGGGUUCUGUCCUAUGCGCAGUAAUUAUGACAAUUCGUUCGAUCUGCGCACGUAUCGAAUUUGUGGCGUCAAAGGGACAACUUCGCGUUGUAUCGGCAAAUAAAAUUUAAAUGCGGAGAAAUAAUGAGUAAAUCACAAUCGAAAUAGCGUUGUGCGAAUUUUAUAAUCGUGUUUUGUCCUAUUAUCAUCGUGUUUAUCGCGUUUUUAAUAAUAUGCGAGGAUUAGCAUUCGGUAUACGAUUGCGGUAUUCGAACUUCCCGCUUCGAGCGUUCGAUAUUUUCGAGCUUUCCUCAUCGAAAUUUCGAUUCUCGCGGUUUGCGAAAAUGUGAUCGAAUGGCGUAUCCCGCGUCGUGCGACGGAUUUUUCGUGGCCGGAAAACGCAUAUUUUCGUGAUCAAAAUGACGGUGAACCGAUCGGUGGUAACAAUAGUGUUAAUAUUAGUGACUUUCGUGAUUGUGUUAGUGCAUAUGAAGGAUGUGACGACACUGGAGUACGACAAUCUUCUUUUGGCAAACGAGACCAACGCCAAGCAUCGCGUCCAUACAGAGUCCUCGAUCGGCGAUCAUCGUCAGGGCCGCAUGUCCCUGCAGGCGGAGCUGCCGUCGUCCAAGGCGAAGAGGGAGCAAGCGCUUCGCAGCAUCCUCGCUGCGAGGAGGCGACAGAUCUUCAGCCAGCGGCCAAUCUCGGAAUCUCGGAACCCGAACCGCGCACCGAGACCGUUCGACGCGUCCGCGAAAGACGCGUCGAUCGACGUUCUCGAGGCCCAGGAGACGAGGCAUGGGAUGUACGUAACCGCGGCUGCCGGCAAACCGGGAGACGAGGAAGCGUCGGGCGGGAUCGACGGGGGCGAGGCAACGUCCAGCAGGGACGUGGACAUCGAGUUCGUGUCGAGGGACGAAGGGAAACGAAUCGUCGAGAAGAGUUCGACGGGGAACACGUCUCUCUCGUCCCUGGUCCCCAAUCAAAAAUCUUCCGACACGGAAACUCGUGGAAAGAACACGGUCCCUAUGCCCGAGUCGCUCUACAAUUAUUUCAGACCGGUCGAGAGUAACAUACCUGUCGAGGACAUGUCGCAAUUCCUCUACUUCGGGCAGAAGAUUCAACCGGAAAUACAGAAUGGGACUGGUAAUAACAAUGAUACGGCCGAGUCGACGUUGGCGAGCGCGGCCAACUCCAGAAGAAGGUACUCCAUGAAGAGGAAUUUCGGCGCGACGACAACGGUGCAACCGGUGGCCAGGUUGGAGGAGAUGAUCAACGAGGAAAUGAACAUCGCUGUGGAACGACAGACGGUGGAGAAGAACAAGGUGUCGAAGAUGAAGAACGCGUACAGAGGGGCGGAAAACGGGGUUUACUACAGGAAGGCGAGGCCUGCGGAGGCGACGAUCGCCUCGAACGUUAUUGGAACGGGGAACGGUACCAGCGGUGGAUCGGACCCUGCCGUGGAAAAUAAAUUUCGCGACGAUAACCCGUCCGCUCACGUGGACCAGCUGCGGCGCGAGAGAGGAAGUGCCGCCGCCGCCGCUGCCCACGUGGCCGUUGAAACGUGGAAUGCGAGCAACUCGACCCAGAUACCGGCCGGGCAGCCCGUUUCCGCGAUCACGCGCGAGCGGAACGGGGCAGAAAGUGAAAUCAAGCUGAAAGAUCGUCCCACGGACGCCUCGAACAAAUCGAAACCCGUAUCCUCGACCGUGAACGGCGUGAACGAGAAACCGUCCAAGGUUUAUCCUCGAAAGAGGAAGAGCAACGAUCCAUCGUAUCUCGAGGACGAUAUAAUAAUCCCCUUCUCGAAUCCCCGAGAAUCGUUGGAGGUGGAGGGAGCCGAGAAAGAGGGGCGAGGGAUCGACGAAACGAGCUAUCGUCGACGGACCACCGUGGUUGCUUGCCGCGAGAGCAACAACAUCGAGACGUCGACUUCGAGGGAGAAGCUCCUCGGCCGUUCCUCCACCGAACCGUUUCGAAUCGCGUGGACGCCGCCUGAAACGUCCACCCUCCGGAUCGUGGUGACGGAAGGAAGGUUGGGGCGAGGUUCGGCCGACGAGUAUACCGUCGAACCGGUGGUGGAUUCCACGGAGGGACGCAGCCUCGACGUUCUUCCCACCCCGACCGGUCUCGCGGGGUCUCGCGGGAUCGAGGGGGCGCGUUGGAAGGGGCGGCACAGGGAACAGAAGCAGGCUCAUCGAGGGCUCGACGAAGGGAGCGGCGCGUCGGCGCGGGAACAGGAGCGGGAUCGGGAUCCACGGCAUCGGGAAGAAGAACAGCAGCACCAGCAGCAGCACGUGUACGCUUACACGAUAACGAACGUGACGCGGCUAUUGCGCAACUACACCGGACCUGGGUUAAGCAGAGAGGAACAAGGAGGUCGAGAGGCGAGCACGGGUACGACCGAGAUAACGAGCGGAUCGCGGCGUCAGCAGCCAGAGUCAGAGGCAGAGGCAGAGGCAGAGUCGCAGCCGCCGCCGCCGCCGCCGCCGCCUCUUCUGCCUCCUCCUCGUGGCGGCGGCGCGGCGGGUAUAGAGGCAGGCCGAGCGCCGGCGGAACUCAGUGCCGGCACGACCGUCGAACCAGCCGCAGCCGGUGGUGAAGCGGCCGCUCACCUGGUGGGGGAACGACAGAGGAAAGUGGUCGUUGCAGUCGGUGCGCACCAGUCGCAGCAGCAGCGCGCGGUCAACAGAGCGCAGUUGCAGCUGACCGCCGUAAACAAGAGCGGGCCGAGGUCGGCCAAGACCGCGGAAGCGUAUCAUCCGAGGGGCGGCGUGCGUUGGAGCCGCGCGAAGCCUAGGAGCACGGAGAUCGAGGGGCUGAACGAUAGAAGGUUUCUCAGGAAGUCGGCAAGCGCUGUGUUGAAUCAGAGGGUCGGGGCUGGUCCCGAGGGAGAGGAGGACGGGGCCGUGGCAGGGAAGAGGAGGAGGUUGACAAAUGGCCAGAGCCAGAGGAGGAUCAAAGGGACGAGGAACGUAGACGAGGAUUCGGAUACGGUGAAUAAGAGCGGUUCGAUAGCAGGGGACGAGAGGAAUUCGAGGGUCGGAGCGAGGGUCGAGGAUGUGACGGUGGUGAACGGGAGCGGAGAGGGUAUGACAUUGGAAAACACGACGACGGUGGAUACGACGAGCGGUGUCACGAUGCAGCAGAGAGUUUCGUUCGCUCCCUCCGUGGAAACGGUGGUCGAUUCGACCGACGGCGGUAGUGGUGGCGAUGGUGGUGGUGGCGGUGGUGGCGGCGGCGAUCCUCUUCCGACAACGGUGAACGCGACCACCACGGCCGAGGGCGGAAGCGGCGACCAGGCGGAAGCGGUGACCGAGGCAUUCGAUACCAAAGACGAAACCGUGGGGCGGGCGAGUGAAAAGGAAAGCGUCGUCGUACCGUCCACGAGCACCCGCGGUAUCGGGAAGAGCGGCGCGGAUAAUGGCACCGAGAACGGUCCGCCGACCGUGACAAUGACCGCGGCGUCCUACGAAACGAUCGUGGCCAAAGAGACUACCGCGCCGUUGCCGGCGCCCGUUUUCCCCGUUACGCCCAGAAUGAUCGCGAAAGCGGCCCGAGACCCGAUCCAGACUUUCACCUCAGAGCCGACCGAGGCCCCGAGCCAAAUCACGGAUACCAAAACGGUGGCCGGCCUCGUCGAUCCUUCCGACACGGAAAAAGCGUACGAGUCUAAGGAUCGCGGGAUCACGACCGUGACCACGACCGCGGGUGCAACCGCGGCGUCCUCGUCCAUCGCCACUACGGAAGCGUCAACGACCACCACCACCGCCGCCACUACCACCACCACCACCACCACCAGCAUCACCACAUCCUUGCCCACCGUGCAAAUAGAGAUCUCCACGAUCCCCCAAGACCGAAGCGCGACGACCACCACCGAUUCGAAGGACACGUCUUCUUCGACCUCGGCGGCAGACUCCGGUGAUGGCAGACGAGGGUCCGGCGAAAGGUCACCGGAAGUGAGGGGGAGGAAUCUGUCGGACAAGACGCAAGACGCGUCCACCGACAAGGACGACGUGCUACCCAUAAUGCAUCUGUACAACACCUCGGACAUCUUCAACAACACCGGCCCGGUGAACCCGUUCUCCCGGGGAACGGAGCGGCGGGCGGAGCACCCGCUUCCGGCCAAGCAACCCUCCGAACCUUCGAGAACGACCGAGAAAACCAGCGACACGGUUACACCGAGGAGCGGUGAGAAUUGGACCCGUGGCCCGGAUACGAGGAGGGACAGGCACGAGGAGGUGAUCGCGGCGAGCAAUCAGGUGCCGGCGACGGGCCCGGGCAGAGGAUCGUCGACUGGCAACGGAAGUGGGAAUCGUACGAGGCACAGGACCGUGUAUCACCAUCCCAUUCUGCCCGAAUACAACACCUCGGUGUAUCCGAGCGAGUUGAACAGGACGUUGUUCGAGACCGGGCUGAUAUCGGUCAGUCCAAGGGAGUCGGUGAAUAUCAGUGAAGUGAUAUCGAAGAGGCACGACGGGGACGCGAUCGCGUCCCAGGAGACGGUCGCCGUGGUCAGCUACAUCUUGGCGACGUUGGUCGUGUUCCCGAUCGCCGUCGGCGUUGGCCUAAUUCUUAGAAGACUGAUACUUAGGAAUCGUAAGGUGCUGGAGGAAUCGGAUACGUCGUCGGAAAUAAGUUGCAGGAAGGAUGCUUUGAAUCUGGAGAAUGGCGACUUCAAAACGUCCAUCGAGAAAGCGAUCACGAAACUUCCCAGGAUACAACACUUGUGUCACGAAGCGGAGAAACCACCGCCCCCUUCGUCUCAAGAAUCCAGAUGGGAGUUUCCUAGAGAUAAGCUUAGGUUACAGACGGUCCUCGGCCAAGGAAACUUCGGCCAGGUCUGGAAGGCUGAAGCGGAUGAUUUGACAGGUCAUCAAGGGACGACCCGGUUAGUGGCCGUGAAAACGGUGAAAGAGGGUGCUUCCGAACGCGAGAAGGAGGAUCUGGUUCGAGAACUGGAAAUCAUGCAGCAGCUUGGCAGCCAUCCGAACGUUGUCACUCUUCUUGGUUGCUGUACGGAACAAGAGCCUCAUUAUCUCAUACUCGAGUACGUGAUGUACGGGAAAUUGCUGGCCUAUCUUCGAGAUCAUCGCACCAGGCAGGAUUUCUACAAUUUCAGCGAGGACUCCGCGGCGCUCACAUCCAGGGAUCUCACUGUGUUCGGGUACUGCGUGGCGAGAGGGAUGGAGUAUCUUGCGUCGAAAAAGAUCAUCCACCGCGAUCUCGCCGCGAGGAACGUGCUCGUGGACCACAACAAGCUGUGCAAGAUCGCUGACUUCGGUAUGUCCAGAUUCGCGGACGGGGAUGGAGAGGUGAUCGAGACGAGACAUGGCAGAAACGCGUUGCCGAUAAGGUGGAUGGCGCCCGAGUCGUUGAUCUACUCGCUCUUCACCACCAAAACGGACGUGUGGAGCUUUGGAAUCUUGAUGUGGGAGAUUGUCACCCUGGGUUCGACACCGUACCCGGACAUGACGGCACGGGAAGUGAUGCGGAACGUGCAGAACGGUUAUCGACUGGAGAGGCCUUCGCACUGUCGAAGCGAGCUGUUCAGAGUGAUAUCCCGGUGUUGGCACGCCGAUCCAGACAGGAGGCCGGAAUUCCAGACGCUGAGAAGGGAUCUGGCCCAGCUUCUCGAGGACAAUAUGAACGGACAUUACGUGGACCUCGAGAGUUUCGCAUCCGAGUGCACCGAUUGAGCAUUCAUUUCGAUUCAACCGAAAUCCCUUGGAAAUUAUUUUCUGUUUCGCGCGUGGAUCUAAUAUCGUUAUCGAUAUUGGUGGACAUUUGCGAGAGCGAUGUUCAAUUGAAACAACGCGAAUACUUUUGAAAUCGAUUCGUUUAUAAGAUAUCGACACUUAAUCGAUAAUUGUACGAGUGGCGUGAUGUUUCUGUUUAUGUAUGAGGUAGCCUGUUGCUGUUGGGGAGGAUUGUAAACUGCGUUUCUUUUAACGCGACUUUUUACACGCUUUGAAAACGGAAAAUGGAAAAGCAGUAAAUUAUGAAAAUUUUUAUAUAGGUAUUUGUAUUAUAUAAAGAGGGAUAUUUAAAUAUUUGUAAAGAAUCGUUGUACAAUUGGAACUAGAGAAUCCGUCCAUGUUGUUCUAAUUUUUUUUUUUUUUUUUUUUUUUGUAUAAGGAUUUUAUAUUUGGAACGAGGAAAUUUCUGACAGAGAGAAGAGAGAGAGAGAGAGAGAGAGAGAGGGAGAGCAUAUGUAGAUUUUAUGUAUUGUAACUUUUUGUAAAAGUUCUGGAACUAUGACAAUGCCCUGUUCUUCGAAGUAAUAAAUAUUUUGAGAUGGGUGCAUACAAAGAAAAAGUGCUAAUAUGUUGAAUAUGAAACUCACGAGAGAUGAGUUAAAUAUUAAAAUAUUUUGCAUGAGAUGCAAAAUCAAGAAAGGACAGAGUGGUUGUGUGAAUGGUUUUGGUUGGGUUGAAAGCCAAGAUAAAACGAAUGAUCUAACAAUGCAAAUAUGAAAAUAGAAUAACGUAUGACAUGUACAGUUAAAGAUAAGAGCCGUUCUUCGCUGUUUCUUUCUGACAACGAGGAGAAAACAUCUAAGAUUCUUUUCUAAGUAUUUCGUUUAGUAUUAUUGUAAUGUAUCUCUUCUCCUUCUUCAAUCAAUGCGCCAGUCGUCGAAGAUUCGUUCCUAUCGGUGUUUUUCGUUAAUAGUUAACGAUUUAUCGAUAUAAAAUAAAAUGCUGUAAAUUAAAAAAAACAUAUUGUAAAAAAUGUAGAAACAAAAAAAAAAAAAAGAAAUAUCGUUUGCUCAUAGAUAUAUUUAACGAAUAAUAAAAAAAAAAUUGCUCGAAGAAAAGCUCCGAUAAACGAUCAAUUGCACAAUUGCAUCAAACAUGAAUCGAGUGACAACGUAUGAAUCGAGCGAUCUUCAUUUUUGCUCAAAAAUCGCAAGAUAUUUCUAAUAAAAUUGUCAUUGUAAUUCUAAUAAAGUCAUUUCGUACAAAGUUAAA